AUGAGAAUGUCUCGGAGUCUGCUGCUCCUGAGCGUCCUCGCGGUGCUCCUGGCUGCUCGGGUGACGUCAGCUCAGGAUUUUAUGAACCCCAGCUUAGGCUACGUUGCGGUGCUUGUGGCCGCUCAAGGGACGUCAGCGGACUCUUCCGACGACUCUUCCAUGGACUCUAGUUUGACCUACAGCUUUUGGCGCGACGUGAAGAACCCCAACCAGUUUUACGCGGUCUCUACUUCAUGGCGCCUCUCCUACCCCAAGCACGUGUCCCGCAAGAUCACCACACAGUGCAGCCAGCUCGUGACACCUGUCCACCGUCCCUGGGAAGGCGGCUGGGUGCACGACCACAGUGUCAGCAACCGGGGUGUCGACAAGGGCUCAAUUUCAAGCCGAAACGCGGCCGGGGGUACGGCACCAGACUCGGAAGCCGAGGCGUGCUUCACAAACGUGUUGCGGGACACCUACCCUUCGCUCGAGAUUGGGCUGCUGGCGGGGUUCCUGGUUCCCAUAGGCAUCUUGAUCCUUCUAUGCAUGUGCUGCUAUUGCUGUGAUAGGUGA